AUGCCUCGCGGGUACACUUUUGGUAGGGCAGAAGAAGCCACUCACCCCGACUCUGCCAGGGCCACCUUGGCUGAGUUCCUCUCCACCUUCGUCUUCGUUUUUGCCGGAGAGGGCUCCAUCCUUGCUCUUGAUAAGAUGUAUAGGGAGACAGCUUUAGGAGCAUCCAGCCUGCUGGUUAUCGCCCUCGCCCACGCCCUCGCUCUGUUCGCAGCUGUGGCUUCAAGUAUGAACGUCUCUGGCGGGCACGUCAAUCCUGCUGUCACUUUUGGUGCACUUGUGGGUGGGAGAGUCUCCGUGCUACGUGCCGUUUUCUACUGGAUUGCUCAGAUUUUGGGUGCUAUUGUAGCUUCUCUCUUGUUGUGGCUAGCGACUGAUGGUUUGAAGCCGCAAGGAUAUUCCGUGGCAGCUGGAGUAGGAGAAUGGAACGCGUUGGUUAUGGAGAUUGUGUUGACAUUUGGACUGGUAUAUACGGUGUACUCUACUGCGAUUGAUCCAAAGAGGGGAAGUUUGGGGACUAUUGCACCCCUUGCUAUUGCCUUCAUAUUUGGGGCUAAUGUGCUGGUUGGAGGGCCUUUCUCAGGAGCAUCGAUGAACCCUGCUCGGGCUUUUGGGCCAGCACUGGUAGGGGGGAGGUGGAGGGGCCACUGGAUCUACUGGUUGGGACCGUUGCUUGGUGCGGCCCUGGCCGGAGUUAUAUACGAGUUUGGAAUGAUACAAACGGAGACCCCACACCACACACAUCACCAGCCUUUGGCUCCAGAAGAUUACUAG